CCUCAUUCGAACUCCCAAGGAUAAGGGAGAAAGAGAGAGCCACACAACCAAGAAAGCAAGAGGAAGGGGAAGCUGCCGCAGGUUCGUUUUCCAGUGCGUAAGGUUACUUGUUUGCUUCAUAUCUCGAGUUAUACACAUCCAAAUAAGGCGUGCGAGAUACCCACAGAAAGCUCUCAAGACGAGGAAUCCGUGAAGGUCUGGUUUGCAUCAAUCGGAGUAGUGGAAGGCUUUCAAAUCGUCCGAGCAAAACACAACCUCGCGGAAUACGUUUUUGUAUUCAAAGUUAGGGAACGAAUUCGUCGGGAAACACCCGUUCUAGGGACUGUUUUUGUGUCUUCGGUUAGGAGUUGAACUAGCACUUUGAAGAGGCUGUUUAACACUCAAUUCCAAGCAAGGAAUCAGUCCUCAAUCUUUCUUGGCCGAGGCUUUGGUCAUUGGAUCGAGAAGGAAAGUUUUAAAGCUCAUUUGAGUUUCAGGUAGAACUUGAAGGUUGCUACCAACGCCCGUUGCUUCGGGAAGAUCAAAGGAGGGAGACGUGGUCCGUGCUUCUUCCGUUCCUGUUUUGAAAACAUUUUAAAUAAUGCUCAUGGAUAUUAUUUUUUUUAAAUAUUUAUUUGGGGGCUUGUAUGCCCAUGUUUGCCAAGGUGUGGCAUGAACACUUGUAUUGAAUGUUUCCGCUGCUUUAAAUGAAUAUUUUACAUUAUGUUUGUUUAUGGAUGUACUAUGUGUGAACGAUAUUCCAGACGCCUUGUAUAGUAUGGAUGUGUUGGACUGCGGUUGACUAUUCGUACUGUACGGCGGGUUGUUGACGUGUCCGGUUAGGUCCGGGGCGUGACAAUUUAAUUGGUAUCAGAGCCUUAGUCCGUAAACUUCAUAAUGAAGCUUCAAAAUCCCUUUUGAAAAUGAUUUUGAAAACCAUGAGCAUAAAAGUUUUGUACUUAUAGAACUUUUGGUACUUGAGUUGCAAAGUCUCUAAUUGUUAAGAUGGUACCCUUAACAAUUGGUAUGACGGUGAUUUGAGCCGAAAGAUGUCUUUAAGUACCUAUCCGUCACUUGACAUUUGAUACGAGCCAAAUGGCUCAUUCUAAACUUCUUUCAGAAAUGGAACGCACCGGUAGAGUGACUCGACGGAACCCGACUGGCCAGGUGCUGGGAGGAUCCCAACGUGGCAGUCAGGGGGGAUCAAGAGAGUCUGGGGGACAGGGCCGAGCAGGCCACUCGCUGACCGUGAGUGACGGUCACGUGGAAACAAUAGAUGAGCACUAUGAGUCCGAGGAGGAUUCAACUUACCAACCGGGAACUGAGCCGGUUGACACCCCAUAUGAUGGGGAACACGAUGAUGCUAGUGAUGAGAGUGAUGAUAAUGACGCUCUUGAACGGAUUGAGGAAUUGCUCCGGCAAUACCAACAAGAUCGCCAAAGGCGCCGGGCAAGGCGUGCUUUGGAAGGGGCUUCGAGGAGAGGAAGCCGCGCGACUCCUAGGGAGAGCAUUGAACUCCGAGGAGGUCGAGGUGCCGAGGUUCCUAUCAUAAGGAUCUCAAAGUACCUAAAGGAGGCAAGAGACUUGGGAUGUAAACCGUUUGAUGGAACGGGAGACAUCUCCGUGGCGGCCGAGUGGAUCAAGAGAUUCAAUGAAGCGGCCCUUGAUAUGCAGCUGCCACCCCAUAUGAAGAUGAGAGUGGCAACAAGAUUGCUAGAAGGAAUGGCGUCCACGUGGUGGGACGGUGUCAAAGGGAAGUACGGUGAGGCGGUCACUUGGGAGAACUUCAGGCAAGAAUUCUUUAGCCAAUACUACUCCGACUUCGAGGUGAACUUGAAGAGGAGGGAGUACACGAAUUUGACCCAAGGAGGGGAAUGCACGGUGAAGGAACUUGAACACAAGUUCAGAAAGCUUGCUGAGUUCAUACCGGAGUACAUUUGUGAUGAAAACCGGAUGGUGAACCAUUUCUGGGAUGCCUUGGACCUUGACAUACGUGAGAGGGCAACACAAUUGCCUAAUAUGACAUUUAGUCAAGUGGUGGAACAAGGUUUGAAGGGAGAGAAGGAGUGGGAAGAGAGGAAGCGAAGAAAUGCCGAGGAGGCAAAGAAAAGAAAAUGGGAGAACCAUGGCCCCCAAGGUUCAAACAAGAAGAUGAAUCACGGGGGAGGAGGAUCCUUCAGGGCACCCGCACCACCAUCAAGGGGGAAUCCCAACAUGGGUGGGCAAAACUCGGGGUUACAAGCCUCGACGAAGCCUAAGUGCAGGAAUUGCAAGAGAAAUCACGAGGGCAAAUGUCGUGAUCCCCCACGGUGCUACCAAUGCGGAGAUACGGGGCACAUAAGGCCCAAUUGCCCUCAACUUGGUGGGGACCGGUCAUCAGGACCAAGCAGUGCAACCACAGUGAGUAGAAACCGGGAUGGGGCACCAAAUGCAAGCGCGGGCCACGGCGGGGCAAGUACAAGCAACGCACCCUCCGUGAACCAAGGAAGAACUCAAGCGAGAGUGUACGCAAUGACCGAGGCAGAUGCUCGGGCUAAUCCCGACUCCGUCGCAGGUAAUACACUUAUUUUGGGCAUUUUUAGGCUUACUUUGAUCAUGUACGUCGUUGGGAUUGAGUGCGGGCCACCCCGGGGCCAAACCGGGUGAGUUAGGCCAAAUCAGGCUGGAAACAGCCACUGCCGGCCAGGCACGCCCGCAGGCACGCCGUGCGUGACACCGUGCCUGGGAGGCAGUGGUCUCGCUGAGGAGUUCCGGCCAGGCACGGCCGCAGGCACGCCGUGCGUGGCACCGUGCCUGGAAGGCAGUGGCCAUUCUGAGGAAAUCCGGCCAGGCACGGCCGCAGGCACGCCGUGCGUGGCACCGUGCCUGGGAGGCAGUGGCCUUUUCGAGGAAAUUCGGCCAGGCACGGCCGCAGGCACGCCGUGCGUGGCACCGUGCCUGGGAGGCAGUGGCUGGCAGGGAGACUCCUGUGCACGCACGGCCGUGCGUGCCACCCAGGCACGCCGUGCGUGGACCCCCGGCAACCGAAAACUCAUUUUUUCGCUCCGUUCUUCUACGUUUGGACCCCCGAUUGAUUCCAAACAGUAGUAUGAACCUAAUAACCUCCUAAUGAUGUGUAAAAACAUUAGAAAAGGUAUCCCACAUGACUAUAAAUGUAGGAACACUAAAGAUUAAUGGGAAGCAUGCGCGAAUCCUUAUCGAUACCGGAGCGCAACGCUCAUUCGUAAGUGAGGCGUUCGCCGAGGGCUCAGAGAUACAAUCAAUACCAAUGACGCGAACUUUAAUGGUAUCAACACCACUAAGGGAAGACGUUGAAAGAACCAAGUACUAUCAGUCUUGUAUGGUGGAAAUCGGUGGCCAAACCUUGACGUGUGAUUUCGUACCGCUGAGUAUGAUGGAGUUCGAUGCAAUCCUAGGGAUGGAUUGACUAGAAAAGCAUCAUGCUAGGGUAGAUUGCGACACAAAGGUCUUGGGACUCGAAGGCAAUGAUGGGGAUACCCUACGCUUCGAGGGGGACCGAGGCAAAUCAAACAGCUGUAUCAUAUCCGUUGUGAGAGCGAGAAGUACGAUGAGAAAGGGAUGUCACGCUUAUCUAGCAUAAGUGGUUGACAAGACCAAGGAGGAAACGAACAUCGACGAUGUGAGGGUGGUUUGUAAGUACCCGGAUGUCUUCCCAAAGGACCUGCCGGGGCUUCCACCUGAUAGGGAGAUUGAAUUUGUGAUCGAGGUCGAGCCCGGCACCAAACCAAUCUCCAUACCGCCAUACCGUAUGGCACCCGCUGAACUUAACGAGUUGAAAAUCCAAUUGCAAGAGCUUUUGGAUAAUGGUUUCAUUAGACCAAGCCACUCCCCGUGGGGAGCACCGGUUCUUUUUGUGAAAAAGAAAGAUGGGACACUUCGAAUGUGCAUUGAUUAUCGUCAACUGAACAAGGUCACAAUCAAGAAUAGGUAUCCUUUGCCUAGGAUUGAUGACUUGUUUGAUCAACUACGAGGAAUAACUGUGUUUUCAAAGAUUGACUUGAGGUCGGGGUACCAUCAAUCGAAGAUUAAGGAGGAUGACAUACCAAGGAGUGCUUCCCGCAGAAGGUAUGGGCACUUUGAGUUCCUUGUUAUGUCGUUUGGGUUAACAAAUGCCCCAGCAGCAGUCAUGGACUUGAUGAACCGAGUAUUCCAUAAAUACUUGGAUCGAUUCGUGAUUGUGUUCAUAGAUGACAUUUUGAUUUACUCAAAGAGUAAGGAAGAGCAUGAAGAGCACUUGAUACUCGUUCUUGAGACACUACGGGAGAAGCAACUUUAUGCCAAAUUUUCUAAAUGUGAAUUUUGGCUAAAGGAAAUUGGCUUCCUCGGGCAUGUAGUUUCAGGAUCGGGAAUUGCUGUUGAUAAUAAGAAGAUAGGGGCCAUUACCGAAUGGGAGAGACCAAAGAACGUCAAGGAAAUUCGUGGUUCCCUUGGGUUAGCAGGCUACUACAGGAAGUUCGUGGAGAAACUCUCCGUUUUGGCAUCACCAUUGACAAAGCUCACUCUUAAAGGAGCUAAGUUUGUAUGGGAUGACAAAUAUGAGAAGGAGUUCAUUGAACUAAAGGAGAGAUUGACCGAGGCACCGGUACUUGCAUUACCCAAACAGGGUAUGGGGUACGAUGUCUAUAGGGACGCGAGCAUCCAAGGGCUUGGAUGGGUGUUGAUGCAGGAGGGGAGGGUAAAUGCCUAUGCUUCACGACAGUUGAAGAAGCAGGAGGUGAAUUACCCUACCCAUGAUCUAGAGCUGGGAGCAGUGGUGUUUGCACUGAAAAUUUGGAGACAUUAUCUCUACGAAGAGACAUGUCACAUAUAUACUGAUCAUAAGAGCUUGAAGUAUGUGUUUACUCAGAAAGAGUUAAAACAUGAGACAGAGAGGGUGGAUGGAGUUGAUAAAGGACUACCAUCUAGUUAUUGAGUACCAUCCAGGUAAGGCAAACAUUGUAGCAGAUGCCCUCAGUCGGAAGAGUUGUCUGGGGCAUUGUCGACUUGUUUGAGGGCAUUGAGGGGAACUACGCUGUGCAACCAAUCAAGGUCACCAAUAGAAAAGUGAAGAAACUGAGGAGCAAAGAGGUCCCAAUGGUUAAAGUACUUUGGAAGAGCGAUCAGGUCGAAGGGGAGACAUGGGAAACAGAGGCUUUGAUGAGGAAGCAGUAUGCUUUCCUAUUCGAGUAGAGCUGUGAAUUUCGGGGACGAAAUUCCUGUUAAGGGGGGGUGAACUUGUGACACCACACCCGAACGUCCUUGAAAACUUGAUUUUAAAAUUCAAAGUUUAUGUAUUGGAUUUCUGAUUCCCAAACGAUUGUAAAACGAUUAAUGUUUUACGUAAUUAAUGAUCGAUUAUUGUACUGUUCGAACUCGUAUAUAAGUAUCGGGCCUUAUUAAUAAAUAAAAGAGCCUAACAUUAUCUAAAUAUUAAUACAUAACGUUUCAAGACAAGUUGAGGAAGGGCGGGCGGCCCAGAUAUUAUUUUGGGCUCAACCCGCUAGAAUAGCAAGUAUUCGAGAAUGGCGUCGUAGGCCCACUCGGGGGCGACCCACACGGCUUGUAGCCUAACAAUAUGAAUGGCAAAUGUCAAAAUAAGUGAUAGGAUGAUUUGAGAAGAAUACAAAUGCCUAUAACCCCAUCUUUGGCAUUAUUGAGCUAAAUAAUGGGAGUAGGGUUUUUCUUCUAUAAUAUUCAUCAUGUAAAUUAUUGGGAUGAUCAUACACAUAUUGGAGAUCAAUAAUAUGAUGUAGAGAGUUGACUUGUUCCAAAUAAAUUAGAAUGAGUACAAAGAGACAUCUUAUGACAAAGAGAUCAAAAGUGAGACCCACCCAUGUCUAAAAACAUCUCAUGGAGACCAUACCAAUUCAUUUCACUCCACACAACUUAUCCACCCUUAUUGAAGGGUCUUGGACACUCCCUUAAGCCCCUCAUUCGAACUCCCAAGGAUAAGGGAGAAAGAGAGAGCCACACAACCAAGAAAGCAAGAGGAAGGGGAAGCUGCCGCAGAAAGCUCUCAAGACGAGGAAUCCGUGAAGGUCUGGUUUGCAUCAAUCGGAGUAGUGGAAGGCUUUCAAAUCGUCCGAGCAAAACACAACCUCGCGGAAUACGUUUUUGUAUUCAAAGUUAGGGAACGAAUUCGUCGGGAAACACCCGUUCUAGGGACUGUUUUUGUGUCUUCGGUUAGGAGUUGAACUAGCACUUUGAAGAGGCUGUUUAACACUCAAUUCCAAGCAAGGAAUCAGUCCUCAAUCUUUCUUGGCCGAGGCUUUGGUCAUUGGAUCGAGAAGGAAAGUUUUAAAGCUCAUUUGAGUUUCAGGUAGAACUUGAAGGUUGCUACCAACGCCCGUUGCUUCGGGAAGAUCAAAGGAGGGAGACGUGGUCCGUGCUUCUUCCGUUCCUGUUUUGAAAACAUUUUAAAUAAUGCUCAUGGAUAUUAUUUUUUUUAAAUAUUUAUUUGGGGGCUUGUAUGCCCAUGUUUGCCAAGGUGUGGCAUGAACACUUGUAUUGAAUGUUUCCGCUGCUUUAAAUGAAUAUUUUACAUUAUGUUUGUUUAUGGAUGUACUAUGUGUGAACGAUAUUCCAGACGCCUUGUAUAGUAUGGAUGUGUUGGACUGCGGUUGACUAUUCGUACUGUACGGCGGGUUGUUGACGUGUCCGGUUAGGUCCGGGGCGUGACAUCAAAUCUCCAAUGUGCUCAAAUAUUCAUUAAUGUUACAUCAAUGCACAUUUACUUUAAACGGUAUACUCAUUGUCGUAUAACACAAAACUCACUCUAUGAGGCUCCAUGAGUACUUAUUUUAAGACUAUCAAUACACAUUCCCUGUAAACGUUAUAUAUACUCAUUUAAGUAUUAGAUAAAACUCAUUCAAAAACAUAUUAUUCGC